UUGUCGACUCGUUUCGAAGCAGUAGAACCGCGCAUGCGUGAAGCGAACGGAAGUCGUUUCAGGGCUGAGCGGAAGCCGUGACGUCCUUUCUGCUCUCAGCCUGCCAUCAUGGUGUUUAAACGAUUCGUCGAGAUCGGCCGCGUCGCUUACAUCUCGUUUGGACCCCAUGCCGGCAAGCUGGUGGCCAUCAUUGACGUUAUCGACCAAAACAGGGCGCUUGUAGAUGGACCCUGCACAGGCGUGAAGAGGCAAGCCAUGCCCUUCAAGUGCAUGCAGCUCACGGACUACGUCAUCAAAGUACCCCACAGCGCCCGCCAGAAGUUUGUGAGGCGAGCCUGGGAGAAGGCCCAGGUCAACGAGAAGUGGUCGCAGAGCAGCUGGGCCAAGAAGAUCGAGGCAAGACAGAAGAGGGCCAAGAUGUCUGACUUUGACCGCUACAAGGUGAUGAAGGCCAAGAGGAUGAGAAACAAGAUCAUCAAACACGAGGUGAUGAAGCUCCAAAAGGAGGCGGCAAAGAAGUGAAAAACUUUCACAAAAUAAAUGUGUUGCUGUUCAUCUGGGUCUUCUGUUUAUUGUUAGAUUACCAGAAUUUAAUAUACAGUAGUUUAAUGGAAAGCUCUCACAACUAAUGUCACUUCUAUCGGUCGAACAUCACUUGGUAUCAUUAAAUUUGGUAAAAUAA